CGGCGGCGGCGGCGGCGGCGGCGGCGGCGGCGGUUCCAGCAUGAAGAGGAGAGCUGGCCUGGGGGGCAGCAUGAGGUCAGUGGUGGGCUUCUUGUCCCAGCGGGGCUUGCAUGGGGACCCCCUGCUCACUCAGGACUUUCAGAGGAGACGCCUGCGAGGCUGCAGAAACCUCUACAAGAAGGACCUCCUCGGCCACUUCGGCUGUGUCAAUGCCAUUGAAUUCUCCAACAAUGGAGGCCAGUGGCUGGUCUCAGGAGGAGAUGAUCGCCGGGUUCUACUGUGGCACAUGGAACAAGCUAUCCACUCCAGAGUUAAGCCCAUACAGCUGAAAGGAGAGCAUCAUUCCAACAUUUUUUGCCUGGCUUUCAACAGUGGGAACACCAAAGUAUUCUCUGGAGGAAAUGAUGAGCAAGUUAUCCUCCAUGAUGUUGAAAGCAGUGAGACCUUAGAUGUGUUCGCUCAUGAAGAUGCGGUGUAUGGCUUGUCAGUGAGCCCUGUGAAUGACAACAUUUUUGCCAGCUCCUCCGAUGAUGGCCGGGUUCUCAUCUGGGACAUCCGGGAAUCUCCCCAUGGAGAGCCCUUCUGCCUGGCCAACUAUCCAUCAGCCUUUCACAGUGUCAUGUUUAACCCUGUGGAGCCCAGGUUAUUGGCCACAGCCAAUUCAAAGGAAGGAGUGGGACUCUGGGAUAUUCGAAAACCUCAGAGUUCCCUCCUGCGGUAUGGGGGCAACCUGUCCCUCCAAAGUGCCAUGAGUGUGCGAUUCAACAGCAAUGGGACCCAGCUCCUGGCCCUGAGGCGUCGCCUGCCCCCUGUGCUCUAUGACAUCCACUCCCGCCUGCCUGUGUUCCAGUUUGACAAUCAGGGUUACUUCAACUCUUGCACCAUGAAAAGCUGCUGUUUUGCAGGAGAUCGUGACCAGUAUAUCCUUUCAGGCUCUGAUGACUUCAACCUGUACAUGUGGAGAAUUCCUGCAGAUCCAGAAGCAGGUGGCAUUGGUAGGGUGGUCAACGGAGCCUUCAUGGUGCUGAAAGGGCAUCGGUCUAUUGUUAACCAGGUCCGAUUUAACCCCCACACCUACAUGAUCUGCUCUUCUGGUGUAGAAAAGAUUAUCAAGAUCUGGAGCCCGUACAAGCAGCCAGGAUGUACCGGAGAUCUGGAUGGUCGGAUUGAGGAUGAUUCUCGCUGUCUCUAUACCCACGAAGAGUACAUCAGCCUUGUGCUGAACAGUGGGAGUGGCCUGUCUCACGACUACGCCAACCAAUCUGUGCAGGAAGACCCCCGGAUGAUGGCCUUCUUUGACUCCCUGGUGCGUCGCGAGAUCGAGGGCUGGAGCUCUGACUCGGACAGUGACCUCAGCGAGAGCACCAUCCUCCAGCUGCACGCAGGGGUCAGUGAGCGCUCGGGCUACACCGACUCCGAGUCCUCGGCCUCGCUGCCCCGCUCGCCCCCGCCCACAGUGGAUGAGUCUGCCGACAGCGCCUUCCACCUGGGGCCCCUGCGGGUCACCGCCACAAACGUGGUGGCGUCCACCCCGCCGCUGCCCUCAUGCGAGGAUGCCACGUCUCGCCAGCAGCGCCUGUCUGCCCUGCGGCGCUACCAGGACAAACGCCUCCUGGCCCUUUCCAACGAGUCUGACUCUGAAGAGAAUGCCUGUGAGGUGGAACUGGACACAGACCUCUUCCCCCGGCCACGGUCUCCCAGCCCCGAAGACGAGUCCAGCAGCUCCAGCAGCUCCAGCAGCUCCGAGGACGAGGAGGAGCUGAACGAACGGCGCGCAUCCACCCGGCAGCGGAACGCCAUGCGGCGCCGGCAGAAGACGCCUCGAGAAGAGAGGCCCAGCGCCCCACCCAAGCCCACCGACACCUACAUCGGCGAAGACAACUAUGAUUACCCCCAGAUCAAAGUAGAUGACCUCUCUUCCUCCCCCACUUCCUCCCCUGAGCGGAGCGCGUCCACUCUGGAGAUUCAGCCAAGCCGAGCAUCGCCAACUUCUGACAUAGAGUCAGUUGAGCGGAAGAUUUAUAAAGCUUACAAGUGGCUCCGCUACUCCUACAUCUCCUACUCAAACAACAAAGAUGGAGAGAGCUCGCUCGUGUCUGGGGAGGCCGAUGAAGGGAGGGCGGGAACCAGCCACAAGGACAACCCAGCCCCUUCUUCCAGCAAGGAAGCCUGUCUAAACACGGCCACGGCCCAGAGGACCCAGGACCUGCCGCCGGAAGGCCGCAGCAAGGACGCUUUUAAAGAAGGGACUUCUGCCAUAAGCCCCAGCCAUGGCCCAGGCCCUGAGCCCAGUGGCCACCCUUGGGCAGAGGCACCCGAGGAUGCCUCUCAGGACUCCAACAAUGGUGGCACUGUAGAACACACUUUUGAAACCAAGAAGCUCAAUGGAAAGGCCCUAAGCAAGGCCCUGAGCAGCCGGGCGGAGGAGCCACCCUCCCCUCCUGUCCCCAAGGCAUCUGGCUCCACUCUGAGCAGCGGGUCUGGCAACUGCCUCAGGACCCAGUCUGAUGACAGUGAGGAGAGGAGCCUCGAAACCAUCUGUGCCAACCACAACAAUGGACGCUUGCACCCCCGCCCCCCGCACCCCCACAACAAUGGGCAGAACUUCGCGGAGCUAGAGGCACUGGCCUGCUCGUCCCCAGGAUGUGUGGACACUGACCACGAUAACUUGUCCCUGACAGGGAUACUCCUACACAAAGAUUGUUGUGGGUCUGAAAUGGCCUGUGAGUCCCCCAGUGCUGGAACGAGAGAGGACCCCAUUGAUCCCCCAGACACAGACAGCAGCAGGGCUGUUCAUGGCCAUAGUGGCCUCAAGAGGCACCGAAUCGAAUUGGAAGACACAGAUUCAGAGAAUUCCUCCUCAGAGAAGAAAUUAAAAACAUGAUAAAUACAAAGGGAAAACCAAAAGCUAUGAAAAGUAGCUUUACAAAAAUUUUAAAUCCUGUUUAGUGAACACAGAGGAAAGGAAAAAUAGUAUUAAAGGCACGUAAAACCAGGGCCUGAAAUUUUGUGUCUGAUGCUGCUCCCUUCUCUUCAACAAUGGGUCUGAUGUUUAGCUGGCCAUUGGUCGUGCUGCGUUAAGAAAGGGAAAAAAUGCAAGUGAGUCCUUUCUAGUAAGACUUGAGCAUAGUGUACCUGUGCAGAUUCUAUUACAGUAAAUCCUUGUUGAGAUGUUUGACUUGUUCUCAUGUGUGUGCACUGGCACGCGUGAGCUCACUGUCUCAGACUUUUCUUUCCAUUCUCUGUCAGAAAGGCUCUAUGGAUCUGUGUUUUUUGCCAUCUCACCUCGUUUACAUGCCAUAGGUGUUCUGGUUUUAAUGUUGAGUGCCUGCUAAAUCAGAUUGUGUUGCCAGUGAGUAGUGGGUUUACGCUAAAAGAAUGGAGACAUGUGGAAACAGGCCUUCAGCCCACUGGCUGUGCUGGAAAGGAAAGCAUGGUUCCUUUCUUAAAGAAAUCUUCCAUGUUUUCUCAGUAGCACUUCUUCACUGAGCAUUAAAGUAGGUGUACUAAAAGUGGAGCGUUUUUCAUGCUAAUGAGAGGUUAGCACUUAAGAUCAGAUUUGAGAGAACAUAGAUCCCUGAUAAAGUUCACUGGUUGCAAAUUGAGCAGUGGUGCAACACCAUACUGUAGGGGGCCGUAAAAUAUAACUAGUUGUGGGUAACACUUUAACAAGUUAGGUGCUAGUUCCUAAGAGGCACUCAGAAGGCCAGCAGGCACUUUCUUGGCCCCACAUGGUGGCAUCUCGGCCUAUGGAAAGAAGGGGAGAGACAGCUCUCAAGAGCUUUGUGCUCAGACUACUAAAGUGGAUGUUAUAGGUGUGUUAAUGAAGAAGUGUAGGGAAGAGCAGAGUGUGGUACUGCAUUCAUUUAAUUUAACCUGAAAUGAUCAAUCAGAAUUGGUGGGCCUGGCAUCUUCCCUCCGGGCUGCAGUCCACAGAGGCUGUGGUGUUGUGACUGAAUCUUGCCGAGUAGGCAUCUCAGAGUAACAGAUUCUUAUUGAGUAGGUCUCUCAGGAGGCAGAGAGUGUGGAAAGAGGGGUCACUGGCUUCUAGAGGAGACUCUGUUCAUGAAGGUAGAUAAAGAUUGAGAGAGGAAAAGACAAGGAUCUUUUCAGCAUUGCGUGGUAGUUACAGUCACUUGGUUAUUAAUGAAGGCUUGUACAAGACAGGGAAACCUAGAAUGACAGAUAGCUUGUUGGCAUGGAUGUCAUGAAAGGGCAGGAGAAUGCUGGGAAGAAAUGAGGGAGAGAGAACACUACAGCUUUCUUGAGCACAAAGGUGCUGGACAGCUAGGAGCCCAGUGCCAUUGGCCUGGAGAGGUCCUAGCUUGUGACUGGUGUGGCCUCACGAAUCCAGCAUUCUUUUUAGGAAUGAACAUGUCCUACUGGAACUGGGACCAAGGGGAGGGAGCCUGUGGAGGAUGAAGACGUGGACGAAUUUAGUGACCAGGGGAAGGGGGGUUAUUUAUAAAGGAAGGUUGUUGAUCUAAGCCGGAAGGAGGGAUCAUCUUGCUAAGCUUUGUGAAAAGAAAGACGUGCCUGGUGUGUGUGCCGUGACUUGGGUGUGAAAACACUGUCUGAGGAGGAGGAGACAAAGGAGUGUGAGUAGCAGUGGAGAUGCUUACAACUAAACAACUGUAAUCUCACCGGGGAAUGGGUCAGUGAUUCUGUAACCAGUAGAAUUACUUUAAUCUGUAAUCAGAACGGUUCUAUGAUUUGUUUUUGACUAUACACAGAUAAUUGUAAAUUCUGGUUUUAUAAGCCCAAGUCAUUUUACAUUUGCUUUUCCAAAAUUUAUUAUUAAAUUGGAAUUUUUUAAUCCUUUAUAUACAAAAAAAAAAAGAUAUAAUCACUCAGUGUGUGUUUCUCUUCCCCUUCCUAGUCAGCAUGCCCAGUCUUUUUGUUUUAUAUUACUGCAUCUAGUCAGUAGCUGGCCACUUCUGACUUCUCUAAGGACAAUCCACAUAUCUUCCUGGAGAAAAAGAAGUAGGUAAAGUUCUCUUGAGAACUAGCCAGUUGGUAGUUACUGUUCCCAAAUGCAGAACUUGAUCUUUUCAUGUUAAGAGCCUUUAUCUCAUUUGGAUACUCAGAAGAGAAGUCACAGUUCAUUCUGGUUCAACUUUAGAGUCCAGGAAAAGAUGUUUUUAGCAAGGAUGCCUUCCAUCCUUGGGAGACACCCCAGGUUCUGCUUCCCAGGAGCUCGGCCCCACAGUGUACCCACAGAAGCAAGCUGAGAAAUGCGUGUCUCUGUAGCCAUUCCACUCUGAUCCCCAGAGAUCUCCUGUCUGUGAUCAUGGUCCUGCAAACCUGGCAGGAACUUCCACUUCUAGGGUCCCUUUGCCUAAACUUGUAGGAUUGAGGCCCCAACUUUGGAGACACAUUUAAUCCCCAGAUUCUUCUGUGAUAGCUAUUUUUACUAACAGGGCAGAUGGCACUUGAUUAGGUUUGAGCUAUUCAAAGGUGCCUCUUAUGGGUUUUUUCCUGCAUCCUGUACAUAAAGUUUUAAGUGGCUGGUCCAGAUUUAUAAAAUUGGUUCCCUCCACUUUAUUUUCCACCUGGUUUUGUAAGUGAUUCCCAUGUCUCUCUGACAACAGGUAAAUGAGUUAAAUCAGUAGUGGGCUUGGGGCAAAAGAAGGUUGCGACUGUGCUUGGUUUACUGAGCCCAGAGUCCUUGUUUGUCAAGGUGCCUUCCUCUGCUGAAGCCUUACCUCCUCACAAGCCCUGCCUCUCUCCCAGCAACGCUAGCUCUUCUCUUAUGUAUAUGCAAAUAAACCUAUUAUUCACUUCU